CUUCCCUCUGGACCAGCACGAACACGUUUCGCUCCUUCGCCGACCGGCUACCUACAUCUUGGAUCGCUACGUACGGCUCUCUUCAAUUAUCUGCUCGCCAAAAGGACCGGAGGCCAAUUUCUGCUCAGGAUAGAAGACACGGACCAGAAAAGACUGGUUCCUGAUGCAGAGCAAAGGCUGUGCGAUGACCUGAGAUGGGCUGGCAUACAAUGGGAUGAAGGCCCACAAGUCGGCGGCCCAUACGGUCCAUACAAGCAGUCUGAAAGAACUCCCCUCUACCAGAAACACGCCCAGGAACUCGUCGAAUCCAAAGCCGCCUUCCGAUGCUUCUGCAGCUCUACCGCCCAGGCACCUGUCGAUGUGGAUGCUUCACUAGUGGGAUCUGCCAUUGGCGGCUGCCACAGCGAUUGCGCCAGUAUACCUCUGGAGGAGUCAGCCGAAAGAGCACGUAAUGAGAAACACGCCGUCCGCUUCGGCAAGCCCGACAAGGCUCCCAGCUGGUCUGACCUUGUAUACGGCAAAGUCUCUCUCGAGUCUAAGAAGACCCUGCCGCAAAGAGCUGCCGUGGAAGGUGUCAUUCUUCUCAAGGGCGACGGAACCCCGACAUAUCACCUUGCAAAUGUCAUCGACGACCACUACAUGAAGAUCACUCAUGUGAUUCGUGGUACUGAGUGGAUGUCUUCGACACCGCUGCAUGCUGCUCUCUACAAUGCCUUUGGAUGGACACCGCCAGCUUUUGCUCAUGUUGGCCUGUUGACAGACAAAGAUCAAGCAAAACUCUCGAAGCGUAAUUUUGAUACCGAUAUUGGCGCCUUGAAAACAAAACAUGGCAUCCUGCCCGAGAGUCUGGCCAAUUUCCUCGCCUUGCUCGGUUGGCGAAACCCGACUCGUGACGAUGUCAUGGAGAUGAACAAGUUGAUCGAUCUCUUCGACUUGAAAUUCACCAAGGGAAACUCCAUCGUCUCGUUCGACAAACUAUGGUAUCUCCAAAAGAACCACGCCAAGAUCAUCAUCGAGCGCGCCAUGCAGUCCUCGACCGCAGACCCGUCAUUCGAGAAUCUACUCGAUCUACUCGAAUCAGCCGCCCGCACUGCCUAUCCCAAUUCCCGAGCAUUAGCGACUCAAGAUCUGCGAAUCUACAUGACCAAAAUCCUGUUUAUCGAUGCCAAAACAUAUGAAAACCCAAGCUCGUAUGUCGAGCGCAACGCCUAUUUCUUCACCACCUUACCACCAGCCUCACCGUCACCCGACACAUCAAUUUCCAAAUCAGACCUCCACACCGCAGCCAUGGACGUUUUGAAAAACUUCGACCAAACUGUCACGAAAGACGUUAUCAUCUCAGCACCCACCUACACGGAAAUCAAGACGCGACUCGAUGCCACCAUAGCCGAAUACGCCAAGGUGAUAGGAGAGAUGAAAGAAUGGAGUAAGCAUUUGCACCAUUACCUGAGAGAAAAACUCUGUUUUGGACGUCCGGGGCCUGGAAGUUCGCAGGUCAUGGCUGUGCUUGGGCAUGAAGAGUGUUGGAGGAGACUUGAGGUGUGA